AUGGGUUUUGAGCCCCAGAUUCGCAGAAUCAUUGAACAAAUUAGGCCUGAUCGUCAAGUUUUGAUGUGGUCAGCAACAUGGCCAAAAGAAGUACGGGCGCUAGCGGAAGAUUUCUUGUCCAAUUAUACGCACCUCAAUAUCGGAUCUUUGACAUUGUCGGCAAACCACAACAUCAUUCAAAUAGUGGACGUUUGUCAGGAGUUUGAAAAAGAUAUGAAGUUAUUCAGGCUUCUCCAAGAAAUUGGCACGGAAAAAGAAAAUAAAACUAUAAUAUUUGUGGAGACGAAGAGAAAGGUAGACGAUAUCACACGAAAUAUCAGGCGAGAUGGCUGGCAAGCUCUAAGUAUUCAUGGAGAUAAAAAUCAACAAGAGAGAGAUCAUGUCUUGCAAGAAUUUCGUAGUGGAAGGGCACCGAUUUUAGUUGCCACUGACGUAGCAGCCCGUGGGUUAGAACUAAUGCACUCGUCAGGUCUAAACCCUAAAAUGCUGCCUUUAUCCCACAUCAGACACAAUUGCUGUGUCUGUCUAACUGCUAGGCUGAUACUAAAUUUCUAUAACAAACCAACUGCAAUUGGCAUCGCACCAUUCUGUAUGCAAAUGAAGUCCAUCUCGCCGUUCGAGUCGGGACUUGCAGGCGAAAGAUACAUAACAACAUGUUUAGACCUUCUGAUGAAUCUACAUUUUUACGUCUGUACUGUAUCUCUUAACGUGGCCCUAGGUGACAUAUAA